CUCCCCAAACACACACACUCUCUAGCAUGACUCUUGCUCACAUUCGGAGACCACCCCGACGGCUCGGCGGUCGUACGUUGGCACGUUGACGUCAGUCAGAACGUUACUCUCCCAUCCGGGUCCUCGCGCCUCUCGUGCUCAUAUUUACUUUGUCCAGACGGGAGGGAAAAGCUCUGCGCGUCUUAAGCGUGUAGGACCCACACAGCCUCCCGUUCCCCGCGCGCUGUGAUGGGAACCUCGCGACGUCCAGCAGCCCUGAAACUAUUCCCGCCUUUGCUGGCUUUCUACUAGAUUUCCCCCCUAAUUGAUUGAUCGCGUGAUUGGAUACUGAUUUUUUCGCAACCACUUUUCGCAACAAGUGGUUUUACGCCCGCCCCCCGAUGCAUUCGGGUUUUUGAUGGCUCCGAGGGGACCAUGGAGAUAGCCUUGGUGAGCUUUGAGAACGGCGGUGCCAAGCGGACCGCGGCGGGGGGCAAUGCCGACGAAGCCUGCCGGAACGCGCUGGAUCAUCACCAACCCCAACCCCCUUUCGUGCAGACGGGACUCGGAGAGGACUACGGCAAGGAGCUGAACACCCUCAGCGGCUGCGGUGGUGGUGGAGGUUUUGGUGGUGGUGGUGGUGGACUUCAUCCACCUGCCCGGCGAGGCUCGUGGCGAAUCAACGACAUGAACAACACGUUCGGCUGCAGCGAGGGCUCCAUGGAUGCGCUUUUACGCGCGGACCACAGUCCGCACCUGUUCGACGAGGACACGCUGGAGCUGGACAACGUGGACCGGGACACGGAGUGCAACACGGAGCGCGUGCUCAUCAACAUCGCGGGGCUACGCUACGAGACGCAGUUGGGCACCCUGAACCAGUUCCCGGACACUGUACUCGGGGACCCCGCCAAGCGCAUCAAGUACUUCGACCCGCUGCGCAACGAGUACUUCUUCGACCGCAACCGGCCCAGCUUCGACGGGAUCCUCUACUUCUACCAGUCGGGCGGGAAGAUCCGGCGGCCCGUCAACGUGUCCAUCGACGUUUUCGCGGACGAGAUCCGCUUCUACCAGCUCGGAGAGGAGGCCAUGGAGCGGUUCCGCGAAGACGAGGGCUUCAUCAAGGAGGAGGAGAAGCCGCUGCCCCAGAACGAGUUCCAGAAGCAGGUGUGGCUCAUCUUCGAGUACCCGGAGAGCUCCAGCCCCGCGCGGGGCAUCGCCAUCGUGUCCGUGCUGGUCAUCACCAUCUCCAUUAUCACCUUCUGCUUGGAGACGCUCCCCGAGUUCCGGGACGAGCGCGAGCUCCAGGUGACGGGUCGCCUUGACAACAACAGCAACAGCACCGGCGGCGCCCCGCGUCCCUCGCUCACCUUCACGGACCCCUUCUUCAUUGUGGAGACCACGUGCGUGAUCUGGUUCACCUUCGAGCUGUUCGUGCGCUUCUUCGCGUGCCCCAGCAAGUCCGAAUUCUCCAAGACGGUGAUGAACAUCAUCGACAUCAUGUCCAUCCUGCCCUACUUCAUCACCGUGGGCACGGAGCUCGCGGAGCAGCAGGGGGGGCAGGAGCACCAGCAGAACGGCCAGCAGGCCAUGUCGCUGGCCAUCCUGCGCGUCAUCCGCCUGGUGAGGGUCUUCAGGAUCUUCAAACUCUCGCGCCACUCCAAGGGGCUCCAGAUCCUGGGUCAGACCCUCAAGGCCAGCAUGCGCGAGCUGGGCCUGCUCAUCUUCUUCCUGUUCAUCGGCGUCAUCCUCUUCUCGAGCGCCGUGUUCUUCGCCGAGGCGGACGAGCCCGAGUCGCACUUCUCCAGCAUCCCUGACGCGUUCUGGUGGGCCGUGGUCACCAUGACGACGGUGGGCUACGGCGACAUGAGGCCAGUGACCGUGGGGGGCAAGAUCGUGGGCUCGUUGUGUGCCAUCGCCGGGGUGCUGACCAUCGCGCUGCCCGUGCCGGUCAUCGUGUCCAACUUCAACUACUUCUACCACCGCGAGACGGACCAGGACCAGUCGUCGCUGAAGGACGACCCGCCCAACCCCGACCACGCGAGCCCCGAGGCGAAGCGCCGCGGUAGCAAGUCCUCCACCAAGUCAGAGGACGUGGAGCACAACGACGAGGGAGGCGGUGCGGAUAAGGCGAAGGACGCGAAGGGGAGCCGCGGAAUGGCCAUCAAGCGCUCCCUUUACGCGUUCUGCCUGAACACCAGGGACAUGGACCUGUAGUGUUUGAGACGUUCUGCUGUGGUUGUGACUGAGACGCUGUUAGUGUGCUGAAAGGCCUGUUUACUAGGGUGCUGUACGAGCCAAGGAUCCACACUUUGUAAUCCUGGAAAGGGAUUCAUUGACUGCGUAAAAUACGCACAAAUGAAAACCAUUGCCAUCCCAAACUCCGGUGAACAUUAUACCCCCAAGUUUCUAUAGGAUCCAUUAAGAAAUAUCCUUAGGGCCCAUAUUAUUAAACUAAAAACAUAACAUUUAAACAACAUAGCAUGCACUGCACAUCACCCCUUAAACCGCAGAAGUUCAGUUAUUUUUUUAUGCUUUUAUGCUAUUUUGCAUUAUAUAACAAAUCAGAGUUAUGUUCAAAGUUAACGGCAUUAGUAGGACGUUUAUAAAGUGUUAGAGGGAGAGAGAGAGUGCACUGAUGAUUGAGACUCUGGAUGAUUACUUUACGCGCUUUCCGCUUUCCGCACUGGAUGACUGGCAUCCGAGAGAGGGCCUUCCCCGCUCCCCUCACGGAGCCGCUGGCCCCUCCUGUACAUAUGCCUCUGUAGAUAGAGAGAACCACAUGGCGAUCAGCCCCGACGGCUUAUUUUCGUAUUCUUUCGUGUUUUUAGUCGUAUGUUUACUGAAUUGGAUAACACUGCGCAAAUCGAUAUGGAGAUACCCCCUGAACCGCCUGCUGUUUGUUGUUGUGAUCGUGUUGUUUGGGAUGUAAAAGAAAAAAAAACUGAAAUAACAAUUUGUUUUUUAAACAUAACGCUAAUCUCGCUGCCCAGUUUGAUUCACUCAGGUCUUUAGAAGUGAGUGAGUUUUUUUAAUUUUUAAUUCAUUUUAUUUUGUAUGGCUAUGCCCAAACUCAACCCACUACCUAACGAGGACUCACGGAGCAUUUUGUUCUCUCAACACUGACCGUUUUUCCGUUUCUGAUCACGUGACCAGAAGAGAAAAGAGAAAAGAAGAAAAAUGAAACAGACCCACUUUGGAAGUACCGCUGGAAUAAACCGGAAAUGGGACUAGGAGACCUACCAAUCAGGAAGGCGUCUUGGGGAAGUCCUCAACCGUGAGUACAAUUAAACAAAUGUGAUAAACUGUUCAGACAGUAGGUCUCUGAAUCUUAAAGGUUUAACAAACUCCCACUUCAGAAAAAGGUCUUAAACAGGGUCUGUGUCCUCCAACAGCAGCCAGACAGGGAUCAUGCUUACAGAUCAAAACCUUUUGUAGCACAAGGCUGAAAAGUUGUUCCAGAGAGCGGCACACAGCCAGGCCUCCUGACCUACAUCCCUGCACUCGUGGAUUAGAUCUCAAAUCAAACUUCCA